AUGAAAUGGAGCAUGAAUAAGCAAGUAUUGAAUAAGAUUGGAGUGGGAAAUAGGCUUGAAAAAAUAAAGAGAAGAGGAUUAAAGCAGUGGCAUUGGCGCCACGACGCCGAAAAAGGGGCGCCAAAGAGAAGAAAAAGCAAGCAGAAACAUGGGCGCCAUGGCGCCCAAGGAAGAAAAAAGAAGCAGAACAUUGGGCGCCACGGCGCCAGAUUUGGGCGCCACGACGCCAGACCUAGGCGCCAUGGCGCCCGUUUCCAAAACACUAAAAUUCGACUGUUUAUGCGAAGGGCGAGAAAUCUAGAUCUACUACAUGUUGAUCCUGAACCAGAACGCACAUUUCGCAUUCUCAGAGGCAUACAAAGAAACGAACGGGAAGCAAUGGCAGAACAGGAUGUUAGAGCAGCCAAUGAGGAUAACCAACAAAGGGCUAUUCGAGACUACAUAAGGCCGGUUGUCAAUGACAACUAUUCCGGCAUCGCACGCCCAGCAAUUGUUGCAAAAAAUUUCGAAUUGAAGCCAGGGUUGAUAGACAUGGUACAACAAAAUCAGUUUGGGGGUGCUGCAGUAGAAGACCCAAAUGCUCAUCUUGGAUCCUUUUUGGAAAUUUGUGACACGGUGAAGAUGAAUGGGGUUACUGAAGAUGCAAUUAGACUCCGCCUAUUCUCAUUCUCUUUAAGGGAUAAAGCAAAGGCUUGGUUCCAAUCACUACCAUAUGGCUCAAUUACAACUUGGGAUGAUUUGGCUCAGAAAUUCCUUACCAAGUACUUUCCACCUUCUAAAUCAGCUCAACUUCGCGGUGAAAUUAGCCAAUUCAAACAACUCGACUUCGAGCCAUUCUAUGAAGCCUGGGAAAGAUUUAAAGACUUGCUUAGGAGAUGUCCUCAACAUGGGUUCCAGAAAUGGGUGCAAAUUGAGAUAUUUUAUAAUGGGCUAAAUGGGCAGACAAGGACUAUGGUAGAUGCAGCUGCGGGAGGCAUUUUAAUGGCUAAAACAGCAGAGGCUGCAUAUGCUUUAUUGGAUGACAUAGCCACGAACAGUUACCAAUGGCCAAGUGAGAGAUCGGGUGUAAAGAAAGUAGCAGGACUUCAUGAAGUGGAUCCCAUCACCGCACUAGCAGCUCAGGUUGCAUCACUCACAAAUCAGAUAGUCAUGCUUACCACUCAAGGAAAUCAACAGAAUGUAGAUUCAGUCAUAAGUACUUCUUCUUCACACCAAGAGACAGAGGUUGCAAACGAGCAGGUCCAAUAUAUCGACAGUAGAAACUACAAUCAAAGAGGAGGCUACCAAGCUAAUCACUAUCAUCCAGGGCUGAGGAAUCACGAGAACUUGUCAUAUGGCAACAAUAGAAAUACACUUCAACCUCCACCCGGAUUCAACACUCAGAAUUCUGAUGGGAAACCACCCUUGGAAGACAUCCUUGGGACGUUCAUUUCUGAGACAAGAUCACGCUUCAACAAAAAUGAAUUACGGUUGGAUAAUAUUGAAACACAUGUGUCCAAAAUUGGAGCCACAAUGAAGAAUCUUGAAGUGCAAAUUGGCCAAUUGGCUACCUUGAUGAAGUCUCAGCAAAAAGGAAAAUUUCCCAGUGACACUGAGGUUAACCCACGGGAACACUGCAAUGCGAUCACCCUAAGGAGUGGUAAAAUGGUUGAAGAAAGCAAACCUAAGAAGAUUAUGGUACCUACGCCGGAUGUCAUAGUUACAGAUGAAAGGCAGAGUGAAAGGCAGAAAACUGAGGCAGAGGGUACAAAGAUCUAUAAGCCUUACUCGAUCUCAUUUCCGGACAACCCACCAAUCUUGAAGCCCCCACUACCAUUCCCGCAGAGGUUCAUGAAAAAGAAAUUUGAUGACCAAUUUGCAAAAUUCCUGGAAGUCUUCAAGAAAAUCCACAUCAACAUUCCCUUUGCAGAAACUUUGGCCCAAAUGCCUAACUACGCCAAAUUUUUGAAGGAAGUGAUGUCAAAUAAGAAGAAGCUGGAGGAGUUCGAGACAAUUAAGCUAACAGAGGGGUGUAGUGACAUACUUCAGAAACUCCCUCACAAAUUGAAAGAUCCGGGCAGCUUCAACAUCCCGUGCAAUAUUGGUGGUAUCACAUUUGAUAGGGCACUGUGCGACUUUGGAGCUAGUAUAAACCUGAUGCCCCUAUCAGUGUUCAAAAAGCUGGGUCUUGGAGAAGUGAAACCCACAACCCUCACUUUGCAACUGGCGGACAGAUCGAUCACAUAUCCCAAAGGGAUGAUUGAAGAUGUAUUGGUGAAGGUCGAUAAGUUCAUCCUUCCUGUGGACUUUGUGGUGUUGGACAUGGAGGAGAACGAGAAAAUACCGUUGAUUCUUGGUCGACCUUUCCUAGCUACUGGAAGAGCAUUGAUUGAUGUCUAG